AUGAUAUUUGAAGAAAAAAGUAAUCUACCACCAUCGUAUGAUGAUGUGUUUGGAGCACCAGCACCAUCUGCUCCAAUAUCUGAACACCAAAAUCAACAACCAAUGAACCCAGGUUGGCAUCCAAACAUAACUCAGCAACACAUAGCAUCGCCACCGUUUAUUAACCAACAACCAGCAAUUGUGCAACAAAUUCCAGUACAGCAUACUGUGAUUGUCAUCAAUCAACCACAAGUUAUUAGUCCACAUCCAAUGCAUUUAACAUGUCCACAUUGUCAUCAACAAACAAUGACAAAAACAAAUUCCAAGAAUGGAUGUUUAACUCAUCUCGCGGCUAUAUUUUUUUGUAUUUGUUGGUGUCCUUUUGUAUUUUUGCCAUAUUGCUUUGAUUGUUGUAAGGAUGUUGAACACAAAUGCUCCAUAUGUAAUGGUUACAUCGGAACAUUUAAACGAUUUGGUAAAUCUGAAAAUAUUAAUACUACGAUGGAACAUCCCUCUGCACUAAUGUUUGGAGAACAAUCGGGCAUGUUGCAAUAUCCACAUGCACCAAUGAAUCCUCCCCCACCGUAUACACCGCACAACAUGAACCCUGCUUUCCCGACUAUUGUUCAGCAACCAAUGAUCUAUCAACAACCAAUGAUGGUAACAGCAGCUCAAGCUCCUGUUUUAAUUAUCAAUCAACAACCAUUAUAUGGCGCUUAUCCAACGAAUCUCACUUGCCAUCAUUGUAGAGAACACAUAACUACAAAAAUAACUCGUAAAAUAGGAUGUGGAAAUCAUUCAGCUGCUUUUCUGCUAUGCGUUUUUGGCUGUUUUCCAUGUGCCAUACUUCCGUAUUUUCUGUGCGAUUCUUUAUAUGAUGUUGAACACAAAUGUCCAAAGUGUGAAGGAUAUAUCGGAACUCACAGUCGCGUAGGAAAUCAGCCUUACUACGAACCAGGAUAUGGACCAAAUCUAUUUGAAGGAGAAGAAAUGGGAAAACAAGAACAAAUAAAUAUUACGGAAAAUCCGUCCGCGUCAACAUUUAAUCAGCCAUUAGCGCCUUUAAAUAUGCAGCAACCUGCAACGAAUCCUCAAUACCAACCGCAGUAUCCUCAACAAGGUGGUAUAAAUCCAGCUUUUCCUCCUGUCGUUCAACAACCUUUGAUGCAACAACAACCAGUCAUCGUAGCAGCUGCUCCAGCUCCUCUUUUGGUUGUUAGUCAACAACCCUUAUAUGGCGCUCAUCCAGCGAAUGUCACCUGCCCCCAUUGUAAUCAACCUGUUACUACAAAAAUCUCUUAUAAAAUUGGAUGUGGAAAUCAUUUAGCGGCAGGUGUACUGUGCAUAUGCGGCCUUUUUCCAUGUGCCAUACUUCCAUAUUUGUUUUGCGACAGUUUGAGUAAUGUUAUACAUAAUUGUCCAAAAUGUGAUGGCUACAUUGGAACUUACACUCGAGAAGGAAGUUAUAAUCGACGUUAUUAUGACGAUGGUUACCACGGACGAAGAAGAUACGAUCAUCACCACCGGGGACCUGGAAUAAGCAUCAACAUGUGAAAAGUUCUCAACAUUGAUUUAAUAAUUAAACGAAUUUCAUUCUCAAAGUGCAUUUAAAGUGACAAUUAGAAUGCCUCAGGAACAAAAACUAAGCUUUUGAACGAUAUUAGAAAAGUUGUUUGCAGUUUACAUCAUAAGGAAUUUCUUGAGAAAAUUUUACAUUCGCUUUAUUAUAAUAAGAAAUAUUUACUCAAUGUUCAUUAAUCCAACUUAAGUUUUGUCUGAAACAGAAUAAAAAUCAAGAAAAUUACUCAAGAAUAUGUUGAAAUAUUAAAAUAAGCAUAAAUUUCAGA